UAGUUGUUGAAGCUUCCUCGCGCGAGCACAUCCUCCGACGGCCUUGCCCAACCGUCGCUCGGACGGGCAGAUCCCACCCUGCCACCGGAGAGCCAGCAGCUGCAGCGGUCAAACCCUGCCGAGAUGCCGCCUGCCUCGAGGAAUUCCGACGGAGGUCGGAUUGUAGAGUACAUUCCCGAUCGUCUCUACCUGGCAUCCUACGUGGUCCCUCCGACGGCCGAGACGUACUUCCCCUACAAUGAUAGCCCAACUCGGUCGCCGGGGAAGCGCUCCCAAAGAGCGGUGGACGGACCCGCCCCCGUCCCGUCCAAGUCGGCGCGGCAGCCUCCCUUCUACUUCACCGUCGACGACAGCCUCCUCUACAACGCCUUCCAUCACGACUUCGGCCCGCUUCACAUCGGACAUCUAUACCGCUUCGCUCUAUACUUCCACGACGUGCUAGGAGCGAAAGACAACCAGCACAGACCCAUUGUGUUCUGGAGCCGGGCGGACGCGAGGAGUCGUGCGAACGCCGCGUGUUUGUUGGCAUGCUACAUGGUGUUGAUUCAGUCCUGGGCGCCCCAUCUAGCCCUCGCGCCCAUCGCGCAGGUCGACCCCCCGUUGAUGCCUUUCCGCGAUGCUGGCUACAGCCAAGCAGAUUACGGCAUUACGGUGCAGGACGUGGUGUACGGGGUUUGGAAGGCCAAGGAGGAGGGCUGUUGCGUGCUAGACAACUUCGACCUGGAUGAGUACGAGAAGUUCGAGCGGGUCGAGCAGGGCGAUUUCAACUGGAUCACACCGCAUUUUCUCGCGUUCGCGUCUCCGCAGCACAGCCCCGCAGCGCGCAUACCAGAAUCCUCUGAGCUGUAUGCUUCCUUGCCAACGACGCUCUCCGCUGUCGAUGUCCACCCAACCCUUCCGGAAUCGUUCAAGAAUGUCCUGGCCCAUUUCUCCGAGCGGAACAUCGGCUUGGUAGUGCGGCUAAACUCCCCCCUCUAUUCGCCAUCCUACUUUGAGGCCUUAGGCAUCCAGCACCUGGACAUGAUCUUCGAGGACGGCACCUGUCCGCCGUUGAGUACUGUAAAGAAGUUCAUUAAGCUUGCGCACGAAACUAUCACGGUUAAGAAGAAGGGUAUUGCCGUGCACUGCAAAGCCGGCCUCGGGAGGACGGGGUGUCUUAUCGGAGCCUACCUGAUCUACCGCCACGGUUUCACCGCGAACGAGGUCAUCUCCUUCAUGCGGUUCAUGCGGCCAGGCAUGGUCGUGGGGCCUCAACAACACUGGUUGCACAUCAACCAGGGCGUCUUCCGAGAAUGGUGGAUCGAGGAGAGGCUGGAGAGGAAGCUGCGUAAGGAGUUGGCUGCCAACCUGCCGCCCACGACGCCGAUCCGGUCCAUGCAGAAGGCGUCCCUGCACCGGAGCGCGCAGAACUCGACCCCGCCCAGUCGGAGCCCGUCUAACCGCACCCCGCUCGGCGAGGUUGACGACGAGCGCCGAAACGCCGGCGUCCAGGAAGACUAUCUCCCUGCGCCCACGCCGGGCCAGCCGCGGAAGACGAGCCGGGUCGACCGCCACCACCCGUACUACCGCAACGGGAUCCACCAGCCGACGGUCGAGGAGGAACAGCAUGGUGGCGAGGAGGCGGCGGCGGCGGCGGCAGCGGUAGCGGCAGAGACGACCUCGGCGCAGAGACGGUCGAACGAGGCGGAAUCGGAGGAGGAAUGGCUGCUGCGGACGCGGGCCCACCGCAAGGCGUCGCGGUCGGCGAGCCGGCAGGACACGAUCCGGGCGGUGAGCCACAGCGCGACGACGACGAUCUACCAGGUGAUCGACAACGACGCGUCGCACGACGCGGAGAACGUGGGGCGCACGCGGCCGAAGACGGUGAUGGCGGACGUGGCGGCGGCGGCGUCGACGACGCGGGCGGCCAGCGCCUCGGGCGUGCUGACCAAGGUCCGCGGCAGCAAGCGCGCCGGCGACUCGUCGCGCGCCAAGGACUCGUCCGGCGUCCGCAAGACCAGCGGCCGCGUCGGCAGCGUCAGCGCCCAGGCCGCCGGCGCCAGCGCCACCGCUACCGCCACCGUGCGCAAGGUCUCCGCCAUGUAGGAGAGGCGGGCCUCGCUCUCAAGCGGCUGACGGCCGGCUAGCU